AUGGCAAAGCGAAGUCCUUCUCGUCUCUUUCGUGGUUCUCGUGUUGAAGAUGAAAUGGCACUAUGUACCACAGUGGUACCAAUUCCUGAUGAAGAAAUUGGACGAUCAAGUACAAGUGGGUACAAUACAUUAGGAAGUCCAGCAUUACUUCAAUCGCCAUCAGAAAUACAAGAAGAACAAGUACGUGAUGAAGAUGAAUUAGUUGAUUAUGUCUCGAAAGCUUCGUCAAGUUCUUUACGUGACUCAAUGGAUGAAUUACGUCAAGUUUAUUUCAAUGAUCCAAGUGGAAAUGCACCAUAUCAAAAUUGUACGAACAUUGUGAUUACGUCAAAGUACAAUUUGGCCACAUUUCUUCCAAAAUUUCUAAAAGAAAGUUUUUCCAAAGUGGCAAAUUUUUUUUUUCUAUUGGUUUGUAUCCUUCAAAGUAUUCCAAGUAUCAGUAACACGUAUGGAUAUCCAACAAAUGCUCCAGUUUUAUUCUUUGUGAUUUCAAUUGAUGCUGUGUUUGCUAUUAUGGAAGAUUUACGACGACAUCAAUCAGAUGAAGAAGCUAAUAGUGCAAUUUGUCAUGUCAUACAAGAUGGUCAAAUUAUUGAUCGAAAAUGGGCAGAAAUUCAAGUUGGUGAUUUUCUUCAAAUUCGGAAUCGAGAAGUCAUUCCAGCUGAUGUGCUUGUACUUGCAGUCUCGGAACCAAUUGGUGAACCACCAAGUGGCAUUUGUUAUGUUGAAACCAAGAGUUUAGAUGGUGAAACGAAUUUAAAAUUACGUCAAGCGGUUGUAGCAACGAUGAAUUCGUUAACAAAUCCAUCCGAAUUAACUUUAUUACGUGGUCUUGUGAAAUUUGAACAACCAAAUCCAUAUAUCAAUAAAUUUGCUGGAAAAGUUGAAGUACAAGUAAGUGAAGGAUGUGGAAUUGAAGUCAUGCCAUUAUCUGUAAAGAAUGUACUUUUACGAGGAUGUAAUUUACGAAAUAUUGAAUGGGUUUAUGGUUUGGUCUUAAAUACUGGCAAAGAUACAAAGAUUAUGCAAAGUGCUAGUGCUGCACCAUCAAAAUGGAGUGAUUUAAUGCUUUUAAUCAAUCGAAUGAUCAUUCUUUUAUGUAUUGGACUCUUUCUAGCUUGUACAAUUGCAGCUACAUGUUAUGUUACAUGGCAAUAUGAUAUUGUACAACAUGCGUGGUAUAUUCAACUUUCCCAAGCCGAAGAAACACGUUCACGAGUUGUUGCAUUUAUUCAAAUGUUGUUUUAUUAUUUCUUACUUUUAUAUCAAGUGAUUCCAAUUUCAUUAUAUGUUUCAAUGACAAGUGUCAAGUUUCUUCAAUCUCGUUUUAUGUCUUGGGAUCUUGAAAUGUAUCAUGCUGAAACCGAUACACCUGCAAUUGUUCGUACAAUGGAAUUAAAUGAAGAGUUAGGACAAAUUUCCUAUGUCUUUAGUGAUAAAACAGGAACUUUAACUUGUAAUAUCAUGGAAUUUCGAAAAUGUUCUAUCAAUGGAAUUUCUUAUGGAUCAGGAUUAACGGAAAUUGGACGAGCAGCUUUAAAACGUGCUGGAAAACCAAUUCCAAAUGAACCAAAAUUAGAGUCAGGAAGAAGUCAAGUUCCAUUUGUAAAUUUUGUUGAUCAAACAUUGUUUCAAGCUAUGAAAGGUGAAGCAGGUGAAGAACAAAAGAGUAAAAUCUUUGAAUUUUUUGAACAUCUUGCUGUUUGUCAUACAGUUAUUCCAGAACAAUUAGAAUCUGGUGAAAUUCGUCUUUCGGCAUCUUCUCCAGAUGAACAAGCACUUGUAGCUGGUGCUGCAUUUGCUGGAUUUAAAUUUGAAUCUAGAAGUGUUGGAAGUGCUAAUGUUCAAGUAUUAGGACAACGAGUAACGUAUCAAGUGUUAGAUGUAUUGGAAUUUACAAGUACACGAAAACGAAUGUCUGUUGUUGUACGUAAACCAAGUGGAGAGUUAAUGUUAUAUACAAAAGGUGCUGAUAUGAUGAUCUAUCAACGAUUAAAAGAAGAUGGGAAGAUGAAAACACUUCAAACGAUUACACGAGAUCAUAUGGAAAAGUAUGCAGAUGAUGGUUUACGAACAUUAGCUUUAGCAGUGAAACCAUUAGAUGAAAGAUGGUUUCAACAAUGGAAACGACGAUUUGAUGAAGCACAAGGAAAUGUGAAUGAAAUUGAUCGACGAAAAGAUGGCAAACCAAAUGCAAUUGAUGCAUUAAUGGAAGAGAUUGAAGCGAAUUUAGAAUUAAUUGGUGCGACAGCUAUUGAAGAUAAAUUACAAGAUGGAGUACCUCAAUGUCUUGCGAAUUUAACACGAGCUGGAAUUAAAGUAUGGAUGUUAACGGGAGAUAAGGAAGAGACAGCAAUUAAUAUUUCUUAUGCAUGUGCAUUACUUGAUAAUACAAUUCAACAAGUGAUUGUGAAUGCAACGUUAUGUCCAACUGAAGAAGCAAUUGGUAAGAAACUUCAUCAAGCUACACGUGACUUUUUAGAUGGUUCCAAAGGAAUGAUACAUGGAAUGGAAAAAGAAAUUGCACUUGUUAUUGAUGGUGAAGCCUUAGAAAUGGCAUUACGUGGAGAAACAGCAUUUCAUUUGUUAGCAUUUGCAAAAUUAUGUCGUGCUGUGAUCUGUAAUCGUGUAUCACCUGCUCAAAAAGCUGAAAUGGUGAAAUUAGUUCGUGACAAUAUUCCAUCAAUACGAACAUUAGCAAUUGGUGAUGGUGCAAAUGAUGUCGCAAUGAUUCAAGCUGCUCAUGUUGGUGUUGGAAUCUCAGGACAAGAAGGUAUGCAAGCUGUUAAUUCAAGUGAUUAUGCUAUAGCUCAAUUUCGAUUUCUCGAACGUUUAUUACUUGUUCAUGGACGUUGGAAUUAUAUUCGCAUUUCUAAACUUGUUUUGUAUAUGUUUUAUAAAAACAUUACACUUGUAUUAGCUCAAUAUUGGUAUGGUUAUCUAUCUGGUGCUUCUGGAUCCAAAAUGUAUUGGGAAAUUGGUGUUCAACUUUAUAAUGUUGCAUUCACUGGAUUACCAAUUGUUGUUGUUGGUGUAUUAGAUAAAGAUUUACCAGCACCUUUUAGUUUAGAAUAUCCAGAUUUAUAUCGACGUGGUCCUGAUCGUUUUUUCUUUAAUUUUUAUACUUUUGGACGAUGGAUAGCUGCUGCAUUUUACGAAUCUUUGAUUAUUUUUGUUGUCAUGUCAUAUGGAUUUAAUGCAUCUGAACAUUUUAAUGGAAGUGAAUCACGUGUUGAAUUUGGAAUGAUCGCAUUUUCAUUAACUGUUUUGAUUGUAAAUUUAAAAAUUUGGAUGAUUGCUGAUCGAUGGACAUUCUUAAGCUUUUCGUUAUGGUUUGGUAGUGUCAUGUCAUGGUUUUGUUUUGCUACCAUUGGAACUGAAACUUCUUACUUUGCUACAUUUAAAAUUGGAUAUGAUGAAUUUGGUGCAUUUCUACCAACAAUUCAAACGUAUGGUUCACUUUUAAUUUUGAUCAUGGGAUGUGCUUUAGCUUUAGGACGUCACAUUGCUUACAAUUUAUUUCAACGUACAUUUCAUCCAGAUUUAGCACAAUUAUUACAAGAAACAAUGGGACGAUCUUCUCAAUUGAAAUCUCAUCGACGAUUAACAAUUGAUCAAACAGAAGAACAAACACUUUCAAUGUCAUUAGAUGAUGUUCAUACAACAAGUUAUUUAAGUGAUUUUGGACAUUCCGAAGCAGAAAUUUUGGGUUUUCAUACUUUAUAUGAUCAACGUUUGUCAUUAAAAAAUGAACGCACAAUGUCUGAAACAUUUGCAACGACAAGUAAUGUUGCUGAUAGUUACUCUUCAAGUAUUAUGAAUGAAAGAAUUGAUGAAAAUAUGGUAUGGGAUCAAGUUUCGAUGAAUGUGAUACGAAAUACUGGAACACGACGUAAUACUGGAUUUGCUUUUAGUUGUGAUGAAGAAACAACAUUAGCUGAAUCGUAUAUUGCAUCGAAUUCAUUACCACGUUCAGAUGCAAUUGCAACUGCUAUGCGCAACUCAACAAGUUCCGGAAGUGGCAAGUUUUCACGUCGAGUAUCAAUGGGACGGACUCGAUUACUUUCGUAA